GGUGUUGCAUACAUGUUGACCCAGACGGCAUUUCAACCCCUCUACUGGAAGGAUAUCCGAUGUUGUAGGCCGAAAGGUACAGGAUCCGCGGUCGACCCAGAUUGUGAUACUGAUCUCACCAGUCUUUGUUAUUUGCGAGCGUGAUUAUAUUUGCCCUUGGAAAUUUAGUGUGUGGAGCCAGCAAUAGUAUCACCAUGCUCAUUGGGUCUCGUGCUCUGGCAGGAGUUGGUGGCGGCGGUAUCGUGAGUUCGGUAUGGGUCAUCACAGCUGAAAUCGUUGAGGUACGACAUCGAGCCAAGUGGUCACAGGCCUUGAGUAUUACAUGGAGUUGCUCGGCUGUCGCGGGACCUCUAUUGGGAGGCCUUUUCAGCGGCGAUACGAAUUCGAUACUAAGCUGGAGGUGGGGAUUUUACCUCAAUCUACCUAUAUGCGCGGUCGCUACGCUGGUGCUUGUCUGUUCCCUCCACGGGGUCACCUUGCAGAAGUCCGGUGAUUAUUCUUUGCGCACUAUACUUCAGCGAUUCGAUUUUGGGGGCUUGAUUCUUUUCAUGACAGGGACAUCUUUUAUUGUCGUGGGAUUCAGUUUUGCGGAUGAGAACGGUUGGAAAUCUGCGACGACGAUAACGAUGCUGGUACUCGGUCUCCUUAUUCUCAUUGGCGGUGGGGUUUAUGAGACGUAUACCGGCCGGGAUUGCCUGUUUCCAGCAACAGUAUUUACUGAUCGUUCUGCGAUCAUAAUCCUUAUUGUUACCUUCGUUCACAACUUUGCGUACAAUGCCGGGCUGUUCUACCUAGCGUUCUUCUUUCAGUCGGUUGACAACUAUACGCCCCUGCAAGCUGGUAUCAGACUCCUUCCAUUUUCUUUGGGAUCUUCGCUUGCAUCAAUGCCGGCUGCCUGGUUCAUUGCUUACUGGCAGUCUCGCCGUCGGGAUCUAAGUGGCCAGAACUGGGUCAUGUCGUUCGGUCUGCUUAUUUCGACCGUUGGCUUCGGACUCCUCAUCCUCUUGAAAGCAGGAACGUCAGACGCUCUGGAAGUCUUGUUCCCACUUAUCUGUGGGGUUGGAAUGGGGGUGAUGCUACAUGCACCCUAUCAGAUUUUUGUGAGAGCACUAAAGUCACAAGAGCUAGCGACGGGCACGAGUGCAUUCUUCCUGGUCCGCUUCACCGGAGCAACAGUUGGACUCGCUGUCGCAGGCAGCAUCUUUUACGCUCGAGUAUCAAACCGUUUGCCAUCGGACCUGCCGAUAGAAAUCCAAGGAUCAUCUCUGGACUUUAGUGGGCUCAACUCGAUCGAGCCCGUAUCAUUACGGUGGGAGGUUAUGAGUAUUGUCGCGACUUCUGUUCAGACCAUCUGGGUCGUUUGUACGCCUUGUUUGGGGCUUGCUUUCCUACUGUCUCUGUGGGUACGAAAGCUACCAAUUGACCGGACACCAGAAGGUGAUUCGGAAAAACACACAUCCACGAGGAGUACUGUAGUGAAGUGUGGACGUACGAGAAGCCAAUGGACAUGAAGAAGUACUUUAUAGACAUAGGUGUGUAGAUGGAUCCAAACCUAUCUCUACUUAAUUCCAUAUAGCAAUGUAUCGAUUGGCGCCGUACUGAAGAGAAUGCCAGCCGCUGAAUGACAUUGGCUUUCCGGCAGCCUCGUUUCUGAUGCAGUCUCAUCCCCGAAUCCACACACCCUUAAUGGUAACGCGAAACGACGAAUGGCGCUAGAAGACCGUUCCUAUGACCCCACGGGUGUUGCUAGUCUGUUGCUCAGAGAUCAUUUGUACUCGGAGAUACGGACGUGAAGGACGAGUUUCUCACCACAUGGGGGCAACUGUCUAGACUCGGACAUGGAGAGAAAUGACACGGAGAAGUGGUAUCGCAAACGAUACGUCUAGAAAACGAACCGUUACCUGGAGCUUGACUUGAGGUGAGAGAACGGUGGACGACAGUGACACAUUAC